AUGAUUCAGGUCGACUCUGUUGGAUAUCCGUCAAACGUUAAGGAUGAGUCCAGCGCAGAUGAAGAUAUGAAGGAGAAUGGUCGCAUCGACAACGGCAGCCCAAUCGCGAAACCGUCGGUCCAAUUGUUAGCGAAGAUGUCGGAGGAAUUCGCCGAAAAGGCGGCAGGGGUGGCAGCGGCGGCAGGACGGUUGAACGACCAUCAUCCUCAUCGGCACCAUCAUCAUCAUCAUCAUCUUCGUCACCACCGGGCCAGCGGUCACCACUAUCAGUCAGCGGCCUCGACGGAUCGCGACGAGAUCGGGGCGGCGGCCGAUCGGCGGCACAGCGAGGCUGAUUUAAGUGACGACGAGAACAAUGAGGACGAGGAGAUGGCCGAGGAGGGGCGCAGGGACACGCCGAACCGAAGGGCCGAAGCUGGCCACGAUCAGGAUGACUGCGGAGGUGACGGCGCCGCCGCCGCCGAUGAGCACGACGAGGACGAGCCGGAAAAGCUACGGCUGAUGGCGACGGAGGAUGAUGGGUGUGCCACGGGGCGUAGUAGUCCUCGAACGCCUCCGCCGGCCCCACCACCCUCGGUCCACCGAACACCCGACGGUCUGGCCUCCCUUCUGGGGGGUUCGGUGGCGGGUGAUGACGCGGCGGCCGCAGUAGCCGCCCUCGGAGGACCGGCGGCGGCUGCCAUUGCCGCGGCGGCCGCUGCAGCGGCGGCCAAGGGACCGAACGCGGCCAUCACCGGGGCCCUCGGGGCACCGUGCGGGGACUUCAACCCGGCCGCCUUCGGAUUCCCACCGGUGCCACCCCCAGCCGCCGCGGCCCCGGGGAUGUCGAUCCAGGCGUUCCAGAACGCGAUCGCCCAGUUCACGGCGAACGCGCUCGCCAACAACGUCGACAACGAGACGGUCGUCAAGAACCUGGCCAUCCUGCAGUCGGCGCUGUUUACGCUGCAGCAGCAGCAGUUCCUCCAGUUCCAACUCAUCCAGCACCUCCAAUCGCAGCUGGUCAAGAAGCACACUCCGGAGAAGGAGGACGUCGGUAGCUUGCUCGGCGCGGGAAUGGCUGGCCUGGCGGCGGCGGCUGCCGCUGCUAGUGGCGGCGGGAUCGUGGGCGGCCUGGCCGGACCCGGUGGAGUAGAUAGCGCAACGAUCGGUUUCCUCAACAACAACAAUAACAAUCACAGCCAAUACAAUCACAACAACCACGGCAAGGGCAGCGGCAGCCGGCAGCACCACCACAGCCAGCACCACCAUCCGCACCAUCAGCAGCAGCAGCAACCGCAACACCACCACCAUCACCACCACCAACAGCAGCAGCAGCAGUCGAAGAAUGAGCCGCAGGACCUGCGGAAGUCAGCGCAACCCGCGGCCGACGCGGACGAGGAAGAGGAGGUCGAGGAGGAGGGCAUUGAGGAUGCGUUCAGCAAGAGCUACCAGAUGGCGAACAUGAUGGCGGCGGCGGCAGCGGCCGCGGCAGCCGCGGCCAAGUCCCACCACCCACCGCCACACGUCAGCGAGCUGCUCCGGCCGUCGAUCCACCCGAUCCCGGAAGAGGAACUGAGGAAACCGAAACCCGCGGAUCCGAGCUACGGCUCGUCCUCGGCCGACAAACCGUCGGCUUCGUCGGCCAGCUCCGUCACGCUGCCGUCCUCUUCGUCGUCCGGUCCCACGGGGACGUCUUCUUCUUCGUCGGCGACGGCAGCUACGCCCGGUUCGUCCAGUGGUCGCUCGGAGAAGGACGAGAUCCUGCCGUACUCGCACCAGCACCCGGACCACCACCUGCAGGGCAGCUUCUCGUCGCUGGCGGCCAGCAUCAUCACCGAUCACGCCCCGUCGAUCCUGGGCGAGCCGAACUCACUCGCGAUGCUGGAGAAGAAGGCCCAGGAGGUGCUGAACUCGGCCUCGCAGGGUAUCCUCUCCAACAACCUGCUGGACGAGUUGGCGUUCGCGAACGACAAGUCGUCGCCGAAUGGGCGCAACGAUGCGGCACUCUUCAAGCACCGGUGCCGGUACUGCGGGAAGAUCUUCGGUUCCGACUCGUCGCUCCAGAUCCACAUCCGGUCGCAUACGGGCGAGCGGCCGUACAAGUGUAACGUGUGCGGUAGUCGCUUCACCACCAAGGGUAACCUGAAGGUGCACUUCCAGCGCCACUCGGACAAGUACCCGCACAUCCCGAUGAACCCGAACCCGGUGCCGGAACACCUGGACAAGUACUUCCCGCCACUGAUCCCGCAGGAGGCACUCAAGGAGCAGCAGCAACAGCAGCAGCAAGAGCAGCAGCAACAGCAACAGCAGCAGCAACGACAACCGCCACCACCAGCCAGUCAACCCUCGUCCCAGCCGCCCACCGGUCCGCCCGGGUUCCCGGGUGUGGUCGAUGGCCGGGCACCUCCAUUCCCACCGCGAGGCUUCUUUCCGGACUUUUACAUCCCCCGGCCACCGCUGCAGGAUCUGUUCGGUAGCGUCGGCGGUGCGAGCGAUGUCGCCGGCCGCACUCCGGUCGAUCUGUCGCAGAUGAAGAAACCGGAACCGGCACCACCACCAGCGCCACCAGCGUUGGCGGUGCGGGCGGAAUCACGGGGAACGCCCGAGAUGCGGUCGCCGCAUUCACCGCUCGACGCCAUGCCCAGCGAGCGGCCCGGCUCGGCCAAGAUCAAGCAGGAGCCGAUGGACGAGUCACUGGAUCUGUCGGACAAGUCCACCAAGAUUAUGACGCGAUCGACGAGCACCCCGAUCCAUCAGCUGCACCACCACCACCACCACCAGCAUCACCCGCACCACCAGCUGCGGGAUCAGGAUGAGCCGAAGGAAUCGGCGGCGGCGAGUGUCCGUGAUCGGGAAGAUAGUCGCGAUGCGAUGGAACGCGAUUCGGUGGAUCACCUGAAGGAUGACGGUGCCAGUGGGGGCAGCAGUGGGGCGGGUGCGGUGAACCACGCGCUCAAUAGUUCCGCCAGCGAGAAGGACUUCCCGCUGAAGCUGAAGAACAACUCGGUGGAGAACCUGGCCACGGUGCCGUCGGUGUCGCCACCGUCCAGCUCGUCGUCCGGCUCGCUGUACCAGGACACGGUGCUGGAUCCGUCGUUCUACGCGGCGCACCUGCCCCGGCCGGACAGCAACGACAGUUCGUGGGAGAACUUCAUCGAGAUCUCGUCCGAGACGUCGAAGCUGCAGGAGCUGGUGGACAACAUCGAGAACAAGACGUCCGAGCCGAACCAGUGUCUGGUGUGCAAGAAGGUCCUGUCGUGCCGGAGCGCACUCCAGAUGCACUACCGGGUGCACACGGGCGAGCGCCCUUUCCGCUGCAAGAUCUGUGGCCGGUCGUUCACCACCAAGGGCAACCUGAAGACGCACAUGAGCGUGCACAGGAUCAAGCCGCCGAUGCGCACGCUCCACCAGUGCCCGGUCUGCCACCAGAAGUUCUCCAACAUCUUCGUCCUCCAGCAGCACAUCCGGCUGCACACGGGCGAGAUGACGGAUCUGACGCCGGACCAGAUCAAGGCGGCCGAGAUCAAGGACUACGGCGAUGGUGGGCCCGGUGGACCCGGCGGUCCCGGUGGCGUCGGUGGCGUUCCACCGCCACCCGCAGUCCAUCCGGAUGCGCUCCGGCUAAACCCGUUCGGGAUGCGGUUGGCCAGUGAGUUCCACCAGCAACAGCAACACCUCCAGCAGCAACAACAACAACAACAGCAGCAGCAGCAACACCUCCAGCAGCAGCAACAGAACAAGCGCACCCUGGAGCACUCGGACGAGGAGAACGAGAACGAUGGUCCGUCGAUACCGCCGGUGGUCGAGCGGGUGACGCCGAUCGGGAAGCUCCCGAAGGUGCCGAUCCACGAGAAGCUGAAGGUGAAGGCGGGUCUGACGUCGCCGGCGAUCGACAGCCAGGUGGAGGACCUGCGGGCGAUGAACUUGCAGCGCCUGUCGAUGCGCUCGCUUCCGCCGGCGGCCGAUGACUCGUUCUCCCGGGACUCGUCCUCAUCCGCCAGCCCGACGGCGGCGGCGGCGGCGGCGGCCGCCUCCUCCAGCAGCUCCGGCUCCGAAGCGAAGCGCCUCCGCUCGUCCAGUCCCUCGCCGUCGUCCCGACGCUCGCCCAUGUCCACACCACCGACGAUGAUGGGCGGCGCGGAGCAAGCGAGUGCGGCGGGUCGGGCCGCGGCAGCCGCCGCCGCAGCCGUCGCCUUCCCGUACGGCCCACCGUUCCUCGGGAUGCCCCAGUUUCCGCCCUUCAUCCAGCGGCCACCAUUCCUUGGCAGCGUCCCGAUCGUCCCGCCCGGCGCCUCGAUGCCCCCGUUCGGCCUUUUCGGCGUCCGUGGAAACACAACAACUUGUAAUAUUUGCUUUAAAACUUUCGCCUGUAAUUCCGCACUCGAAAUUCAUUACCGAAGCCAUACGAAGGAGCGCCCAUUCAAAUGUACAAUCUGCGAUCGAGGAUUCUCUACCAAGGGAAAUAUGAAGCAGCACAUGCUCACUCACAAAAUCCGUGAUAUGUUCGGCAACUCGGGUGGCAACUCCGGUGAUGAGUCGCGCACGCAGACGCCACCCCAGGACAGUCACUCCCAGUCGUCGAACGGUUCCGAGCAGAACAACCACAACCAGCAGCAGCAGCCACAGCAGGACGGAUCGUCCCAGGACUUUUCGCCAUCCUCCGGCGGUGGCCAUCGGUACGGCGGUGGACGGUCCGGCAACCGGGAGCGCUCCAAGUCGGCCGGCAGCUACGACGACGACGGGAUGGCGAUGUCCUCCUCCUCCGGCGGGCCGGCUCUCAAGCGUGAGCAGCCCACGGACGGAGCUGACCAUGCUGGCCGAGAGAACGGGCAGCAAGGGAGCAGCCUGCAGUCGGCGAGCGCCUCGGACCGGGGCAGCUCACCGACGCCCCUGAUGGCCGGCAGUGCUGCCCUGGCGGCGGCGGCCGCUGCGGCCGCCUCCAACAACAACUACAACGAGUACAUCGGCAAGGAGGUGGUCGAUCUGAAGAACUGGUGCCAGAAGCUGAAGGAGAUGCCGGAGAACAUUGCCGCGAGUUGAUAAGUUGGAUCGCCGGCCCCGGGAGGCGGGUGGCCUCGCCCGAUCGACGACGACGGCUCGUUGAUCAAACACAAUCGAAUUUCUUUACCAAAGCGACAAGCGGAAGCG